CAGAGUAUUGAUUUACAUGUUCACACACCAACACAUAUACAGGCAGUGUUAUAUGGUCGGUAGGACCUAAUUGCAGAGUGAUAUGAUAUAACGUGGAUGAGACAGACGACGGCGCGACGGAGUAGUAAGGCAAGAAGCGGUGUGAGGUGAGACAACUGCUAACUCACCGGGGAACAUAGUCUCAGAUCAGAUGGGGAUUGGGAAGUUUUCAGGGUUGGAGGUGACUCUGACAGUCCUAUUCCUGCUGGUGACAACAGUGGCUGUGGCUUUAGUUGCUCUAAUGGCUACUGGGGAACCUGCAGUCAUCAAAGACGAGACCACAGGCACCGUGGUUCCAGAAUGUCCCGUUAUUCCACUGGGGGAGAGAGUCGACUGUUUCCCUGACGCCGGUGCAUCUAAGCUGGGGUGUCUGCAGCGAGGCUGUUGUUGGAGUCCAUUGGACGAGAGAAACGCUCCAUGGUGCUUCUUCUCCACCAAUCACGGCUACUCUGUGGUGCGCGAGGAGAGACCCAACAUCUACAUGAUUGGAGGCUUGUCGGCCCUUCUGAAAAGGAAGGUUGCCCCCUCUCUGUUUGGUGAAGACAUAGAGGAGCUGGCUUUCCAUGCUGACUUGCAGACAGUGAACCGACUGAGAUUCAAGAUCUCAGAUGCCCAUAAGCAGCGAUUUGAGGUUCCCCAUGAGCACAUCAAGCCCCCUGCCACCCAUCCCUCUGGUUCCUUUAACUACGAGGUAGAGCUCACACACAACCCCUUCGGCUUCCAAGUACGCAGGGCGGCCACCAAGAAAGUCCUGUGAGUCUAAAUUGUGUCUUUCUGUC